AUGUUGAACUCAAGUUCUCCAUUCGUUGCGCGAUGGUGGUUGUUAGCAUUGAUUCUCCUCUCGCUAUUAAUGAUGAGCAUGUCUUUUGUGCAUGCACAGACAUGUCCUCAUCAAGCCACUGGUUUGAUUCCUUUUCACACGCUCGCAGGUGCCAAUGUUUUGAAUGGAAAUGUUGUCAUUUCACAACAAUCGGUUCUUUUGAAUGCAUCUCCAAGUGUGCGACUUCGCUCCAUUACUAUUCAAUCUGGAGGUUCAUUGAUCUUUGAUAAUGUGAACUUAAAUCUCAAUGUGUCAUUCAUUCGUGUGGAAUCUGGAGCAAAGUUUAUCAUGGGUAGUUCAACAUGUCCUAUUACUUCCAAGAUUGUCAUUACGUUCUUUGGUCCUCGUGUGGAUGCUUCUGUCCAUGAUUUGGGUUUAGAUCCUUUUGAUGGUUCCAAAUUAGGAAGUAAGGGAAUUGCAUUCUUGUCAGGUUCUAGAGUUGAGAUUUUUGGACAAGUGACUUCAACACCUCGUUCAUGGACUCAACUUGCAAAAUCUGUCAAUAAGGGAUCUAAAACUAUUGAUUUGAAACAAGCAGUCUCUGGAUGGAGUGUUGGUGAUUCGGUCGUUGUGGCAAGUACUGAUUUUGGAGAAGUCUAUGAUAAAGCACAAGUGAAGAAUGAAUCGUUGAAGUGGGCCGCUGGUGUUCCACUCCCUGAUCAGAGUGAGGAAAGGAAAAUUGCACAAAUUCUCAAUGGUGGAAAAACUCUCGUCUUGAACGCACCUCUCAAUUAUUUCCAUUAUGCCAGUAACGGAAGAUAUGGUUCUGUUCAUGCCAAAAUGAGUGCUGAAGUUGGUUUGUUGAGUCGUAAAAUUGUGUUCCAAGGAGAUGAAUCCAGUGAGGUUUCACAAUUUGGUGGUCACAUGAUUAUUCGUUUAGUGGAAUCGUUCAAAGUUCAGGGACUCGAGAUUCGUCGUUUCGGCCAACAAGGUAUGAUGGGAAGAUAUUCAUUGCAUUUCCACUUGCUCGGAAAUAAGGCUGCAAAAUCUCCACUUGGAACUGACUAUUUUGUCAAACAUUGCUCCAUUCAUCAUAGUUAUCAGAGAUGUAUUGCCGUGCAUGAUACCAAUUACGUUUCCAUUCAGAACAAUGUUUGUUUUGAUGCGUAUGGACAUGCUUACUUUUUGGAAGAUGGUUCUGAAGUUGGAAACGAAUUCAUUUCCAAUUUGGGAAUUCGUGCAAAACCUGUCGCUAAAGAACUCACAGAUAGAAUUUUGAUUCCUUCCGAUUCAGAUGUGAGUGUCUUUUGGAUAACCAAUCCAAAUAAUACUUUCAUUGGUAAUCAUGCUGUUGGAGGUAAAUUUGGUUUUUGGUUCGCCAUGCCAACCUUCCCAACUGGUUUGAGCGCAAAAAGAUAUGCACCUGGAUCGAUCAAUCCAAGAUCAGCACCUCCUAAACCAUUUGAUCAAAACGUGGCUCAUAGUUCAGGAGGAAAUGGUCUCCACAUUGAUGAUAUGCAAAGAGCAGAUGGUACUUCAGAGCAAGCGGGUUAUUCUCCUUCUUCUGGUAGCGCUCUGUAUACUAAUUUCCUUGCAUAUAAGAACAGAGUUUGGGGAGUAUGGGCAAGAGGUACUCUCAGAUUCCAUAGCUUGUAUUUGAGUGAUAAUCGUGUCGCAGCAAAUACUCCUCCAUCUGGACCAACUCUCAUUGAGGACAGUAUCAUGGUGGGUGAAUCCGACAACGUUGGUGAAUACACAUUCAGACCCACUGUGGAUAAAGGAAAUCGAACACGACCCUUCCUCAAUCCUAUCACCACGAAUCGUGACAUCAUUUCAGGUUUUCAAACCUAUGACAAUGGUGGUCCAAAUUAUUUGAUCAAUGUUACUUUCGUUAAUUUCACAACCACUGAAUUUAGCUAUGGAGGUGCCUUGUCAGGUCUUCACAACAAUUUCAAGCAUCAAACUCGUAAUCGAUACAAAUCACUCAAAUAUAUCAAUGCCAAUGAGGUGAUUCUAUUCCCAAAUCCAGCUCCCUAUGAUAACCAUAAAGGAAUUGCAUUCAUGGAUGUCGAUGGCUCCACAACAGGACUCUUACCUGGAGGUUGGAUUGUAGCCAAUGAAAGUAUCAUGUUAUUCGACAAGUGUAUUGGAGUCCGUGAUUGGAAUGCCCAUGUAUGUCCACUUUUUGGAGAAGGUUAUGCUCAGUUACGAGUGACGAAUCCCAAUCCAACUGCAAUGAAUGUCACUGGUCGAGAUGGUGUUCAACACAAAGAAUUACUGAACGUGUAUGAUCGCUCAGUAAGAAUGGUGGUUCAUGACAUGUUGAGAGAUGGCUCUCGUGUCAGUCAAGUGAAAGGAGGUUAUGCAGGAGGUUCCUUUUUCCUUCAAUCCAACCUCAUGACUCGUGGUUUGUAUAGUAUUCGUUGGAAUUAUGAUACUCCAACACCAAAUUCAUUGAAAUUCCAAUUAGAUUCGAGUGUCGUUGGAGAUUGGAUCCUGUUGGCAGUUCAAUAUCCACCAAGUACUGUGUUUGAGGUGCAAUUCACACAGAAUGGAGUGGAAACCAACAUGACACGUGCUUCUUCAUUGGCGACUGUCAUGAGUGACGCAAAAUCGUAUUACUAUUAUGACUCGACCACUGAACACUUGUUUUUGAAGGUACAAAAUUACUAUUCGAGAAUUGGAUAUAGAGAAUAUUUUGGUGCAUUUGGUGAUUUCUAUUCUGGUGGAGUCAUUUCAGUGGAUGCCAAAUGUCCAAAUAAUAAUUGUGCUCCAACUAAAUUUGGUAAUCCAGCCAAUGCCAAGACAUUGUACAAAACCUAUUUGAAGGAAGAUGUGUUUGUAGGACGCUUGGAGAAAUGUCAACAGGAGCAAGCUUCAGGACCAUUAGCUCCUUCUUCAGCUGCUGCUCAAGGAACUGUCUUUGCCUUUUUGGAUUAUGCCGAGCACAAAUUAGAAUUUGUAGUCCAUCACAAUGUUGAGCCAGAAAUUCUCAAAUCCAUUGAAAUAGGCGUUGGACAGGCCGGACAGGAGGUCUACUCGGUGGUCACUCCCAUCAAUCGCUUUGCAACCUACACACCUGCACGUUUUGGUGUGAAUUUGUCCGUGGAAGAAUGGAAUGCCUUAUUGAAGGGUCUGAUGUUUGUCAAAGUGACAACGACACAAAAUCCAGAAGGUCAUUUAAGAGCUCAACUCUAUUGUAGCUCUACUGGUACGUCAACAUGUAAAUUACCAUCUCUUCAUUCUAUUGCCAAGCCAUGUGAUCCUCCCAAGUUAAAAGUUGCUUCUCAAGUAUUGUAUGUGUAUCAGGAUUAUUCGAGUUUCGUUUUGGAAUGGUCAAGUGGCCAGUACACUUAUCCAGGAGACAUCUCAACCAUUUUCAACCUCAAUUAUACUCAAGCAGCUACGUGUGGUUCAUCUGCCAUCCAUUUGAGAUUGAGAAAGGGAAAUGCGGUUAUUAACAAAAUUGGAACUAAUAGAUUCAAUGUCGACUCAUCCAUUUACAAGUAUUUGGAAUUCUUCAUCAAGUCAACCAAUAAUACAGGAAUUCCUGAUUUGAGAUUACACUUCUAUUACUUGAAUGAAACUUCAGGUAAGAUCCUCGAGUUCUCUAGAGUUUCCAUGAAGGAUGAGUAUUUCCAAUUGUACAAAAUUGAUGAGCUUCGUAUGACUAGAUUGAGAAUUCCUGUUGCUGACUUGGGAUUUCUUUCAACCGUUCAAAAUAUUCACAGAAUUAUGUUCAUCUUGGAAGAAAAGGCAAAAACAAAAGAAAUGAUUAUUGAUAAUAUUCGAUUCAUAGGAGAACCAUUGGCAGAUUCAACAGGAAGAUUCAUCACAUCUUCGGAAGUGAAAAAGUGGGGACAAGUUGCCACAUGUGGUGUGCCACUGAAUCCUGAUUAUGAUCCUCUUGGGAUUAGAAAGCUCUAA